CUUCUUAAUAAUUCAUUACAUCAAAGAAAGCUGGCAUGGUAAAGAACUGAAGGAGAAUACAAGCGAAGGAAAAGCAUAUGAAAAGUUGCGUUGUGAGGCUUGGACAUAACUCGUCUGAAGAUAUCUUCAAGAAAGGAGCUUCCUGAAGAGAAACGAACAGGGCAGACAGAAAGUCUAACCUGACGAGCAGUUGGAGGAGGAAGUGAAGAGGAAAUCAGACAAGUAGCCCUAGCUGGAUCUGCAGCAGGAGAAAAAGUGUCGUCCCGGUUGUGGCCCGACGGGUGGUACAGAGACAGUAGCAUCAUGGUGAAUACAGGUAUGCAGCUGAUCAGCUUCACCUGCGCCGUUACCGGCUGGGUCAUGGCUAUCGCCGUGACUGCGCUGCCCCAGUGGAAGGUCACGGCCUUCAUCGGACCCAACAUCCUCACUUCGGAGAUCGUGUGGCAGGGCAUCUGGAUGAACUGCAUCUACCAGACCACUGGGCACAUGCAAUGCAAGACUUAUGACUCGUUGCUGGCGCUGCCGCCAGACAUCCAGGCGGCCCGUGCUCUCAUGUGUGUGGCCAUCUUCCUGGGCUGGCUGUCCUGCACGGUGUCCUGUUGCGGAAUGAAGUGCACCACUUGCGCCGGGGAUGAUCGCCAUGCCAAGGCUGGCAUAGCGCUGUCCGGCGGGGUGCUCUUCAUCCUAACAGGCCUGUGUGUGCUCAUCCCCGUGUCCUGGACAGCCAACACAGUUGUGCAGGACUUCUAUAACCCCAAUGUUCCCAUCCAGAGGAAGCGCGAGUUGGGCCAGGCCAUCUAUCUGGGCUGGGCGGCCGCUGUCAUUCUCAUCAUCAGCGGCAUUGUCCUGAGCACCACCUGCUCCUACAUCGAGAAAGGACACUACAGACGUGGCUACAUGGGCCGCAGCUUUGCUAAUUCCAGGCCGUCCCCACUGGAUCCCCCGAAACCCAUCAGCACCAACAGCGUGCCCCUUAAGGAGUAUGUCUAAGGUGCA